CUCCGUGUACUCUUUCACAUAAACUCACAUUACACACAGAUCAAUGAUUUGCUCCUUUGAAACGUAAAAUGAUCUGAAAUCUGAUUCCUCUAUGUCUCAUUAAAUGCCUUCCGAGAAACCUUUCUCUCCAAGAGUUGAUCAAAGCAUGUUUGAGAACUCCAUUGCUCAGCAGCAGAGUCCCCAGAUUUCCAGGCCAGGACAGCUCUCGGCCCGACGCACCCCAGCAUCGUCUAAUCCCAACCUGGUGUCCAGCACCGCUGAGUCUCCGUCCUCCGGAGGCCAACAGAGGCUGAAGAACGCCAUUAACCUGGGAAAGGCUGUCGGGGCAAAGUUCUUUUCUGGAGGAGAACAGGUAAAUGACUUGUUGAGGAGGAAGGAGUCUAGCCACCUCGGAGAUAUCGGGGUAACUGAGGUCAACAAAAACGUCGGUGCCGUGUGGAGCCGCAUGGACCAACUCAACACAACUACAGCUAACAGUCACAUUUCCUCCUUCGACUCCUUCCCUCGGCUGGAUCCACCACCGCCGUCGGGGAAGAAGCGCGUCCCUCGAGCACUGAAGACAACCCAGGACAUGAUGAUCUCCUCUGACCCCGUGGUUUCCUCUCCAGAUGCUGGAGACACUUCUUCAUUCCUCCCAUCCCCCGGAAAGACGCCGCUCAUCGCCCAGGAGGAGCCGGGGCUCAGCGAGGACGAGCAGCAGGGCGAGAAGGAGGGAGACGGGUCGACGGAUGUGUCCUCGCCUCUGGGUGAUGCAGAGAAGAAAGAAGUGGCUCGGUCAGAGUCGACAGGGAGCAACAGCAAGGUGGAUGGAGUGAUAGAUGGAGGAGAAGAUGAGAUGGAAGGCAGGAGAGCUGACAGAGAUGUGGAGGAGCCUCAGCUCCAGCUCUCUGUGCCAGACCUCAUCCACAAAGAUCCCCCGCCCUGCGACAUCUGGCAGAAGGCGCCAGGGCCGGACAUCCGGCUCGCCUCCACCCCCCGCUCAGGUAAAACCGCCUGCCGCAUCAGCCUGGGCGAGGAGGUGCUGCUGGGGAACGGCGCCCCCUGUGGUAAAGGCACCGCAGUGAGCGCCGAAGACGCGGAGCCACAUCCAGACCUGCUGUCGUUUGAGUGACGAGCAGAGGCGGAGAUCAGACACAUUUUCAGUAUGAUUCAAAAAGUUUGGAACUUUUCUUCUCACAAGGUUGAAAACAACAUAAAUUCAAACGGACUGGAUCAAACACUCACGGCCACUUUUUAAAUGUAUCAGGCUUUGCUUUAGGAAAAGGGAACACGUUCUUACAGGAUCCAGGAAAACGGUCUGAUGCUUUUUAAUUUUUUCAGCAGCUUUUUACACGAGCGGAUGAGUUUAAAGGUCGUGAUGAUGAAAUCUGACCCUCGUGUCUGACGUCAGGUCAACGAAACGCUACGAGCUUCUUUUUAACGAAUGAAAACUCGGCCGAGCUGCAGGUUUCAGUAAAUACUGAAAAAAAAACAUCAGAAUAUUACGAGAUUAAAGUCAAAAAAUAGGCAAUUUUUUCCAAGUUUGUUUGGUUUUUCUCCAGAAUUGACUCCAUUUUUUUUUUAAUAGUCCUGAUAAUUAUGAUCAUGUGGAGCCGAUGAGAUUCAAGCAUUGUCCCACAUUCCUCAUGUAAAAGCAGGCGACAGACCAAUUCUCUGAUAUUCAGCUUCUAACAUGACAGGAUCCUAAAAAUAUGACUUUACUCUCGUAAUAUUUCGUCCCUUUAAGUCGCCCGAAUCCUUCCUCGUAAGUUUUAGUGCAGUGACGGCUCAGAUAUAAACAAAGAAAAACAUGUCAACUGUAAAAUAAUAUUAUUUCCUCAGUGUUUUUAUCAUGUUUUUAUCUUUUUACGUCGCGUUAACGACGUCUGCUUUAAAACAAGCGGAUCAUAUAUUGAUGAAUGUAAUUAAUGUGGUGAAAUAUCCCUUUAAAUGAACAAGCUUCAUAAAUAUAUUGAAAAUGAACCGAAGAUGUAAAACAACAGUUCAACAGAUUUUAUAUCUUUUCAUCCUAAUUCAUUUUUCUUUUUUAUCCAUUUAAAGGGACAUUUCAUCACACGUUAGUCUUAAAAUUCAUUUCUAAACAGAAGCUGCUAUGGAACCAGUUAGAAGAUGAAGAGAUGAGACCAGAGUUACUGUCGAAGGCAGCGGGAAAAGAAAGCUGCAGAAGAAGAAGAAGGAGACGAGUGGGAGAAGCUGAACGAUGGGGGAUGUGUUUGAGGAGGCGAGGGUUCGGGGGGGAAGAUCUCUUUUAGAGUGUCAAGCAGCUGUUUCUGUCGGAGUGACGUCAGGUCUGGACACGUUGACCUUUGACCCUCGGCUUUCGGAGCUGAGGCAGCACGAAACAGACGUGUGACACUGAGAGUGACGUUUAAAUCAGACCUGUCAUCAAGGUUGAUCACUAUACGUCAACUCACGAGCUAAUUAAAACAAAAACUGGCUGAAGUGAAAGUGGAUUUUUUUUUUUCCCACCCCCAAACCCCCGACAGAGCGUCAGGACGGGAAGGAGGCGCGCGGAGGGCGAGCUGGAGAAAAGUUGUUUUUGAGCGAAAAGAGCGAGACGAGAUAAUUAGUCGUCAUCAGAGAGGGAAGAAAGAGUUGUCGUUCAUUCGAGCGGAUCUUUAAGUGACAGACCAAAGGCACAAAUUAUCAGACACGUCGUUUUUUUUAAAGAGCUGUCGGAGCGUGAAGAAGCAAUAAUUCAAACAGAAGAGUCUUUGUUCCUCUUUAUCCUCUUCACCAAAGUCAAAGCAUCUGUCAUGUUCUAAUAUUAGGUCACAUCCUUGUUUUGAAUCUCCGACGCUGAUGGAAAACCACCUGCUCCUGAAUCUCCAGUUGUUCUGCAGCGGCAGGAUCCAGAUGUUUCAGCACACUCAAAGUGGAAAUCAGUUUUUUUUUUUUUUUUUUACAACGCUGUUAUCGGAGAAUCUGCUCCGCGCGGGCGCACGUGUGGAUCAAGUCUGACUUUAGAGACUCAGAUCAUGAUCCCGGAUCUGAAAAUGACCAGUGUGUCCUUGUAGGGAUUUCCUGACCUCGGAAAAAAGCACGGAAAAAGACAAGAAAUUCCCAGAAGGGCCCGAGACGGACACAGAGGCGGCUGCAGCUGCGGUCAGGUCGUGCCCGGCAGAAUGAGAGGAAUGUGGAGCCGGGCUCUCGAGAGAAAAGAAGCCUUGUCUCUCUCCGUCUCUUGUCUCACAAAGUGUUCUGAAAGAUCCCCCCCCAAUUUAUUUUAAAAGCUGUAAAUAAUAACCUGGAGAUGAACCGGGACAUCAGUCAGUUAAAACCAAAUUACAAAAAAAAACAUUUUCCCAAGUUGUCUUUUCUAAUAUUUCAUUAAUAUUUGUUAGUUUUACUGUAGAACUUGAACAUUUAAAUUCACUAGGUACAGAUUUUAAAUUAAACAACAAUCCUAGACAUCAGUCCCACGUGUCUCAUCAGGAUUCAUUCAUUAUUCUCUCGAAAACAUUCGUGCAGAUCUGUGCAGAUUUAAAAGGGUUCCUGUUCUCUUCUUCUGCUGAAAGACAAACAAACAAACCGGUGGAAGCAAAAUAACAGAACCUCUUUGGUCGAGUUUAAAAAAAACCCAGAAACUUUGGGACAUGGUUGUGAAACUAUUUGUGGCCUGUGGAUUCUUUCGGUGGUUUGAGCUGCAGACUGAACAUGUGUCUGACAUGUGUCUGCAGGGCGUCUCUCUAAAACUUAACCACGGUCGUGACAAAAUAACGUGUAACUGGGAAAAUGUUUUUAAUUUGGACGAACUGAUGGUUUUAAAGCAACACUAUGUCUUUUUUUGUUUUUUUUACCUUAAACCAAUAUUCAGCAGGAAACUUUUAAAAUUUGAAGAAGAGAGUUUGGUGGAUUUGUUACAGCAGCAGCGCUCCUGUUUCAUGAAGCCGGGGAUCAUGGGUAAUAUCCAGCGACACUAAGCCAAAAAAGAAUCAGUCCCCCUGUGUGGCUGCAGGGGGCGCUGUUGCUCAGUGAAAGUCACAUAGUGUUGCUUUAUAAUUCGGGGGAGAGAGAAUUUUAGAAAUGAACACGAAUGUGCUGAUGAAACCAAAAUUAGAGAUUUGGAUUUUAUUCUAAUUUUAUCCUGAGAUCACAAAGUUCAACACUGGAAACAAAACUUCAUAACUUCAGUCACAACCGUUAAAAUAAGACUUUAAUCUUUUCUAUAUUUAUGACACUACGUAGGUUUUUUUUUAUUUGUCUUUUAUUCUUAUUCCACCUAAUUAACACCGACCAGCCCGGAAAACCUGCUUUCAAAUUGUCUGAGUGUUUCUCUAUAAACAUUCACUUCAAACUGAGUUUAUAUUUUUUAUAAAUCUAAGGAGCUGAGGUUUGAUCAGUUAUGAUUGACGGCUGAAUCCUGAUUGAUGCACAAAUGAAAACAUUUUACAUUUCAGCUCAUUUUGAGAAAACAGAGAAUCAAUCACACAAACAAACAAAUCACGUGAAAUCACCAAAAUCGAUUUUGAGAAGCUGAUUCAGAAAAUGUGUUUUCUGACCUUUGUGUUGAACUUUUGAACCAGUCAGUUAUGACCCAGGUGAAAAAGAGGUUUUAACACUGACGCGGAUCAGAACAGCUGCUCGGUGAAUUCAACCAGAAGCUGAACGGCUGCUCGCAGAUUCAGUGCGACUUCAAAAAAGUAUUUUCUUCUUUCGAAAACGUCACUGAAAAGAAAGAAAGAAAGAAAAAGAAAGUUCGGAGCAGCUCUAGCUUUUUUAUCCUGCUUCACAAAAACCACUUCACUAGAAUCUUUUCUAUUUUCCAAUGAAGGAAUCAAGCAUUGUACAUUUUACAGAAAUAUAUCGUGGUUCUUUUUGUUACGUCACCUUUGAAUAUGCAAACCGUUUCUUGCUCUAACAAAUGAAGGAAAGUGAUUUAUUUUGAUAUUUUAAUAUUCAAAGAUAGAAUAUUAGUGGUGUGAAACUGUAGCAGCCUCAGAAUCUGAUGAAAUCUUGCUUUCUGUUGUUUAUCUUGUUUUGUUUUUGUCUCUGUCAAAGCCAGUCGACGUAAUGUCUCUAAUUAUGAUGAAUGAAGGAAGCUGAACGCUGCACAAACGGAAAAAAAACAAAAAAACCUGGGGACUUUUUUUAUUAUUGUGGAUUUUUAUCUUUUCUCUGC